AUGGUCUGCUCCCUCGCCUUCGACCGCGACGCGCAGUUCUUCGCCACGGGCGGCGUGUGUCGGCGCAUCCGGAUCUUUGAGUGCGAGAGCGUGCUGGCCGGGCGGCGCGUGGACGUGCAUUAUCCCGUGGUGGAGAUGGGGUGCCGGGCCAAGCUCUCUUGUGUGAGCUGGAACGGAUAUAUCAAGAACCGGCUGGCAUCUGCGGAUUAUGACGGGGUUGUACAGCUUUGGGAUGCGGGCACGGGAGCAGCGGUGAUGGAGUGGGGGGAGCACGAGAAGCGCGCGUGGAGUGUGGACUUCUCCCCCUGCGACCCCACGCGCCUCGCCAGUGGCAGCGACGACGGCACUGUCAAGCUGUGGAGCAUCAACCAGGACACAAGUGUGGGCACGAUUUACACCAAGGCCAACGUGUGUUCUGUGGCCUUCCCUCCGCACUCAUCGCACCUCCUCGCCCUCGGUUCAGCCGACUACUCGCUCCACUGCUUCGACCUGCGCUCCCUCCGCACCCCUCUCGCCACACUCACGGGCCACAGCAAGGCUGUGAGCUACGUGAAAUUCGUCGACGCUUCCACCAUUGUGUCUGCCUCUACAGACAACACUCUGAAGCUGUGGGACCUCAACCAAGCGUGCAGUCAGCAGGCGGGCGGUGCGGUGGAUGGGCCCUCUGCUUGCACGAGGACGUUCACCGGCCACACGAAUGAGAAGAACUUUGUGGGGCUCACGGUUGCUGACGGCUACAUUGCGUGCGGCUCCGAAACCAAUGAGGUAUGCGUGCGAAUCGCUGCUGAUGCUUGCCUAACGCUCUCUCCCUCCCCGCUCUCUCUCUACCAUCACUCGCACCAGGUGUUUGCCUUCCACAAGUCGCUACCCAUGCCCAUGGCAGCACACCGCUUUGGCGGGGUGGACCCGGUCACAGGCGCAGACACGGAGGAGGUGGAUGAGGAUGCGGGGCAGUUUGUGCUGAGCGUGUGCCCCUCCCUCCCUCCCUCCCUCCCUCCCCUCCCGCAGGUGUUUGCCUUUCAUAAGUCGCUACCCAUGCCCAUGGCACCACACCGCUUUGGCAGGGUGGACCCGGUGACAGGCGCCGACACGGAGGAGGAUGCGGGGCGCUUGUUUUCAAUGCCCAAUAACCCUCCCCCUCUCCCCUCCCCCGAACCUCCCUCACACCAGGUGUUUGCCUUCCACAAGUCGCUACCCAUGCCCAUGGCAGCACACCGCUUUGGCGGGGUGGACCCGGUCACAGGCGCCGACACGGAGGAGGACGCGGGGCAGUUUGUGUCGAGUGUGUGCUGGCGGGGGGACUCGCAGACACUCGUGGCUGCCAACUCCACCGGCAACAUCAAACUGCUCGAGAUGGUGUGA